AUGGAUAUCGAUGAACCUUUCGACGACCUAGUGGCAAAGCUUGGCGACAUUGCCGAGCAGGAAAGCUCGAGUGGCUCCGCUGAGGGCGAUGGACAACUCGAUGAGAGCCCCCAAACAGAUGGCAACGGAAUAGAGAUCGUCAUUCCACAAAUACCAACAGAAAAGCUCAAGGAAUACGCCGAAGUGCGCAGCAACAUUGUCGAGGCCAUUACGGAAGAGCUCCCGGCCCAGAACGGCCAAGUACGGUGUUUGGUCGAGUUUACAGACGGAAGAGAAGAGCCGAUUCUGUUUACCGAUCUUAUUGCCCUCGAGAACGGCAAGGCAGCUUUCGCUCGGUUUAGCCAAGGCGUAGGGCUACCUGACGGCGACAUGGCCGGACUUGGUCUCAAGCGAAAGCGAGCUUCAGACGAUGAGUGGGACACGGAUGUAAAUUCCGUUGCAUCGGACCCCAUGGAACUCGAUGAGGAAGAUAGCGACGAUGAACCCAGUCGCCCCCGGCGAGCACUCAGUCGUCCACUUCGCUCUCGAGAAUCAACCAGGCAAAACUCGGGGAAUAUUUCUCUCAUCUCAGAUGACGAUGACGAACUCAACGAGCCUGAUGACCUCAAGCCCGACCCCCCUGCCGGCUCAAGCCGAACGCUCAGAACACGGCAACCAAGGCAAAGAACUUUGACAAACAUGUCGUUUUCCAACAACGCAGAAAGCCAAGAUCAAGACGAACUGCUUCAAGAACCUCAUCCCGCCUCAUCAGAUGAGGAAGAUGGGGAUUUCAAUCUUGUGACUUCAGACAUUGUGACCAAGAGGCGCCCAACCAAAGCACGCUCGAGAUCGAAACGCCAGCAGACUCUACACGCACGAUCAAGGGCGCAAAACUCCAUGACACUCCGACGAAAGAAGUCUCCCGACUCCGAUAUCGAAUUUGAAGCACCUCGGAGGUCUGUUAGAUCCACCAGAAACAAGAUCAACAUGCAAGACGAUGCAUUGAUGGAUGAAGACUCAUUUUAUGUUGUCGAUGACAAGGCGCCUGGGGUUCCCAAGGUCAUCUCUGUCAGAGAAGUCUUUCAGCCACCCCAUCCGGACUCUGCGUUUUCAUCGAUGCACAUGGAAACCUGCCAUACCUGCGGAGGGUCGAGGCAGCGAGGCCAGAUUAUCCAUUGUCAGGGUUGCACACUGUCAUAUCACAAGAACUGCCUUGGCAUUCGAAGUGCACGAGAUCAUAUGGUCACAAAGGUUGGAGAUGAUGAGUUCGUACUACAAUGCAAGUUCUGCGUCUGCGUAUACAAAAAGAAGGAUCGCAACGCUCCAGCACAUGACAUGUGCCAAGGUUGUAAAGUCAAAGGCCGUGCCUGCACUCCAUUUUCCGAAAAGAAGACCGCCCGACAAGAAGAGAAGCUUCGAGAAGAGAAUAACGGCGUGGACCCGACCACAACUGUUUCCGCUGAUCUCUUGAACAAUCCAGAUCUUGUUCUCUUUCGAUGCGCCACAUGCCGCCGAGGCUGGCACGUUGAACACUUGCCGGGCGAAGAUAAUCAUGAUGUCAGCACAGAUCUCAAGUCAGAACGUCUCAAGGACUACUGCAUAGACUGGCAGUGCGACGAUUGCAGUACUUCGAAGCACAAGAUCCAUCGUCUCGUUGCUUGGCGACCUUCCGAGCCUGACCUCACCGAGAAGACUCGUCGACCAGCCUACAGCAAAGUCAAAGAGGACGACAAGGAGUAUCUCGUUAAAUGGGAAAGCCUAUCCUAUGUCCACUGCACGUGGAAGCCUGGGGCUUGGGUUCACGGCGUCGCAGCAUCCACCAUGCGGGUGUCCUUCGGAAAAAAGGACUUGGAACACGAUCUACUCAAAAUGGAUGAAAAGGAGGCCAUCCCAGACGAAUUCAUCACACCUGACAUCAUACUCAACGUCAAGAUGCAGAAGUCUGCUCCACAUUUCAGUACCCGAGAGGCUGAGCUAGCCAACAUGGCCAGAGUCAGCAAAGUCCUAGUCAAGUUUCAAGGUCUUGGCUACGACGAUGUUGUAUGGGAUUCACCACCCAAGGAGAGCAUGACCGCCGUCCACAACGCCUUUGUGGAAGCCUACUACGAGUAUGUUGAGGGGAAAUAUUUUAAGAACGACCCGCCAUCCAAAGUUCGAGAACGUAUCAAAGCCUUCAAAGCAGCACCGUUCAUUGAGGUUGAUGAGCAGCCAGCGGGGCUCAAGCGAGGCAAACUCAUGGGGUAUCAGAUUGAGGGAGUCAACUGGCUCUUAGGAAAUUACCAUUCAGGCCGGAGCGUUGUCUUGGCCGACGAAAUGGGCCUGGGCAAGACCGUGCAAGUUGUCGCCUUGGUCACUUCGUUGGUCCAGGACCAGUCCAAGUGCUGGCCCUUCCUCGUCGUGGUUCCCAACGCUACAUGUCCCAAUUGGCGCCGCGAGUUCAAGCAGUGGGCACCCGAUUUGCGAGUUGUGACCUACCACGGCGGCAAAGAGCCCCAAGAGCUCGCCUACAAAUACGAACUGUUCCCCCACAACUCGCCAGACAUGAAGGCGCAUGUAGUCAUCAUGUCAUAUGACUCCGCCGCAGAUCCUCACACAAAGGUCCUCUUCAAGUCUAUCAACUGGACAGGUCUUGUUGUGGACGAGGGUCAGCGAUUGAAGAACGACCAGAAUCUCCUCUACAUCGCAUUACGGUCCAUGAAAAUCCCCUUCCGACUCCUUCUUACGGGAACUCCUCUGCAAAACAACAAACGAGAACUCUUCAACUUGCUCCAAUUCAUCGACGAAACUCAAAAUGCGGCAAAGCUGGACGAGCAAUAUGAAGUCCUUGACAAGGAGACUCUACCGAAGUUGCACGAGAUGAUUCGCCCAUACUUCCUCCGACGAACCAAAGCUGGCGUCCUCAAAUUCCUCCCUCCAAUGUCACAAAUUAUUCUCCCCGUCACCAUGACCAGCGUUCAGGAAAAGCUUGCGAAGAGUAUCAUGGCCAAAAACCCUCAGCUGAUCAAGGCCAUGUUUGCCAACACCACAAUGAACAAGAAGGAACGUGGAAGCCUUAACAACAUUUUGAUGCAGCUGCGGAAGUGCCUCUGUCACCCGUUCAUGUACUCUGAAGCUAUCGAGGAGAAGCAUCACGACAACGACGUCCUGCAACGCAACCUCGUGGAAGCAUCUGCCAAAUUACUCUUGUUGGAGCAGAUGCUUCCCAAACUAAAAGAAAGAGGCCAUCGAGUUCUCAUCUUCAGUCAGUUCCUACAGCAGCUAGCGAUCAUUGAGGACUUUCUGGCCGGCCUAGGUUUUGAGUACCGCCGACUUGACGGACAAAUCGGGAGUUUGGAGAAGCAACGACGUAUUGAUGCUUUCAAUGCGCCCGAUUCAUCCAUUUUCGCAUUCCUACUUUCGACACGAGCCGGCGGCGUGGGCAUCAAUCUUGCAACAGCAGAUACAGUCAUCAUCCUGGAUCCUGACUUCAAUCCACAUCAAGACAUCCAGGCGCUGUCUCGUGCUCACCGCAUUGGGCAAAAGAAAAAGGUUCUCUGUUUUCAGAUCGUGACCAAAGACUCUGUGGAGGAGAGGAUUAUGCAGGUUGGCCGAAAGAAGAUGGCCCUUGAUCAUGCUCUGAUCGAAAGCAUGGACGACGAUGACCUAGCUGGCGACGACUUGGAAUCCAUUCUCAAACAUGGUGCGCAGGCGUUGUUUGACGAAAAUUACCAGAAGAAGGCGAUUCAUUAUGACUCUGCUUCGAUUGACAAUCUCCUAGAUCGGACACAGAUGGAAGAGCCCAAGUCAACAGAUGAGGGCUCAGGGGAGGCUCAAUUCGCCCAUACUCGAGUUUGGGCUAACGAUAAGUCUGGUUUUGAAGAUGCUCGUGCUACUGAAGAAGAAAACGAACCGAUGCCUAUCAACUCGAGCGUCUGGGAUCGGAUCCUUGCUGAACGCGAGGAGGAAGCCCGGAGAGAAGCUGAGGCCAAUCGAGAGGUUCUCGGACGAGGCGGCAGACGGCGGACGGCCGUCAACUACAAGGGAAAUGUUAUGGAGGUUGCACCUCUCCUUGGGGACCCCGAACCCGAAUCCUCCGACUCCUCCGAUGACUUUGCCGGCGCAGAAUCUGCGGAUGACACUGACGAGGAAGACGGCACGUCCUUGUCAAAAGGUAAACGCCAGAAAUCUUCUCUUCCGCAACAGAGGACCCCAGCUCCCACCCCGACCAAGAAGACAGUGAAGAACAACAAUGUUAACAGACGCCCUGCGCAGACGCCGAAGAAAAGCACGAAAACGUCGAAACGAGCGGCCAACACUCCAACUCCAGCAACACCAAAGCGCGGAAAGGCGGCGACGGUAAAGGCCCCAGCCUCAAAGACCAAGUACGCCACGCCACCCACUCGGAAAACCAAGCAGCUACCAACUCCGGCUCGAAGCGGUCAGAAGGCGAAACCUCGAAACGUCGCCGCAGUCGAAAGCACCGGCUCCAAGAAGGCGAAGCCAAGGAAAUCCCACUCCUUGGCUACAGCAAAGCCGUCAUGCCCGGAGCCCAAACCGUUGCUAACCCAAUCAAAGGCGGACUAG